AUGUCGCCGCUCGCUCUGCUGCUGCUGCUGCUGCCGCAGCCGCUGCUGCUGCUGCCGCCGGCUGCCGCCGCCGACCCGCCCGGGACGGCCGCUCCGACGCUCCGGGGGCCGGGGCUCGGCUUCUCUCCGCCGGUCCCCGCCUCUGCCUCCGCCGCGCCGCUCCUCCUCCUCCCCCUGCAGCCCGGAGCGGAAUACGGGGCACCCGGCGUAGCCUUGGCCCGGUCCGCGGCGGAGGAACCGGCCGGCCCCGGCGAGGAGGAAGAAGGGGGGCAGCAUCAACAUCACGGCGGCGGGUACCGGGUGGUCCAGUGGGAGUGGAGCUACGUCCAGACUCCGUACAUCAUCGCCAUCUGGCUACUGGUGGCCAGCGUGGCCAAGAUCUUGUUCCACUUCUCCCAGCGGUUCACCACCAUAGUCCCAGAGAGCUGUAUGCUUAUCCUGCUUGGUCUGGUCCUGGGCGGGGUUGUCCUCAUAGCCAAUAAGAAGCAGCUGUAUCAGCUGGAGCCCGCCCUCUUCUUCCUCUUUCUGCUGCCGACCAUCGUGGGUGACGCCGGGUACUUCAUGCCGGCUCGCCUCUUCUUCGACAACUUGGGAGCCAUCCUGACCUACGCCGUGGUGGGAACACUGUGGAACGCUUUCUGCACCGGCUUCUGCCUGUAUGCUGCCAGACUGCUGGGGGUCAUAGAUGAGCGUGUGCAGGCCGACCUCAUGGACUUCCUGUUGUUCGGAGCACUGAUCUCGGCCGUGGACCCGGUGGCGGUGCUGGCCGUGUUUGAGGAGGUUCACGUCAACGACACACUCUUCAUCAUCGUGUUCGGAGAGUCACUGGUCAACGACGCCGUCACCGUGGUUUUAUACAAGGUCUACAUUUCCUUUGUGGAAGUGGGAGCGGAGAACGUUCAGACAGCGGAUUACUUCAAAGGAAUCGCCUCCUUCCUCAUCGUCAGCAUCGGGGGGACUCUGGUGGGUCUGGUCUUCGCUGUCAUCCUGGGCUUCAUCACUCGCUUCACCAAGAAGGUCCGGAUCAUCGAGCCGCUCUUUGUCUUCCUGCUGGUCUACCUGGCGUACCUCACCGCCGAGCUCUUCUCCCUGUCCGCCAUUCUGUCUAUGACCUUCUGUGGGAUCGGAGCCAAUAAAUACGUGGAGGCCAACAUUUCCCAGAAGUCUCGGACCACAGUUAAGUACACGAUGAAGACUCUGGCCAGCAUCGCUGAGACCAUCAUCUUCAUCUUCUUGGGGAUCUCAGCCGUGGACAAGACCAAGUGGGCCUGGGACACCGGCCUGGUGUCCUGCACCCUGAUCUUCAUCUUUGUCUUCAGAGCUGUAGGUGUGAUUGGCCAGACCUGGGUUCUGAACCGCUUCCGGCUCGUCCCCUUGGACAAGAUCGACCAGGUGGUGAUGUCGUACGGCGGCCUGCGGGGGGCGGUGGCAUUUGCCCUGGUGGUGCUGCUUGACGGCGAGCAUGUCAAAGCCAAAGAUUACUUUGUUGCCACGACGAUUGUUGUCAUCUUCUUCACGGUCAUGUUCCAGGGUCUGACCAUCAAACCUCUGGUGGACUGGCUCAAAGUUCCUCGUUCCACCAGCAGGAAGCCGACCAUCAACGAGGAGAUCCACGAGAGGGCCUUUGACCACAUCCUGACAGCAGUGGAGGACAUCGCAGGACUGCAGGGAUACCACCACUGGAGGGACAAGUGGGAGCAGUUCGAUAAGAACUACCUGAGUAAGCUGCUGCUGAGGAAGUCCGUGUACAGGAAGAGUGAGCUGUGGGAGGCUUAUCAGAAGAUCAACAUCAGGGACGCCAUCAGCGUCAUCGACCAGGGUGGGAACGUCCUGACCUCAGCCAGACUGUCUCUGCCCUCGAUGGCCAGCAGAGCCUCGUUCCCUGAGGUCACCAACGUCACCAACUACCUGCGUGAGAACGGCAGCGGUGUGUGCCUGGACCUCCAGGUGAUCGACAACGUCCCUGGGGCCAAAGUGGAGGAGGACACUGAGACACACCACGUCCUUGCAGAAAACCUGUACAAACCCAGGAGACGGUAUCAGUCCCACUACAGCCGACACUUCAUGCCUCUGGGGGAGAAGGAGCGUCAGGACCGGGAGGUGUUUCAGAGGAACAUGAGGAGCCGCAUGGAGACGUUCAAAUCCACCCGAUACAAACGUCACAAGAAGGAGCGCAGCCUGAAGAAGCGCCGGGGAUCCGACGCCAAGGAGGACGGCAGCGACAAACCCAGACGCAAUGUGAGCUGGCAGGACAAAGAUCCGGUGGUUGUUCCCGUGGAGUCAGAGGAGGACAAAGCCGAACACUCAGACCCAGAGAAGGAGGAAGACGUCGGCAUCACCUUCGUAGCUCGCAAGGCUGAGACGCCCAAGCAACGACCGAAAUCAGUCCCAGCUGCUCUGGACGGGUGUCAGAGUCCAACAGCCGCCCCCCCCUCACCCACCAGUGGAGACAGCCAUUUGCCGUGGAAGGGCAGCGUGGGAUCACCUCCUCCCUGUGUGUCUGUGGAGGCCACAAAGAUCAUCCCUGUGGACCUCCAGCAGGCCUGGAACCAGAGCAUCUCCUCCCUGGAGAGCAUCUCCUCCCCACCUGCCCCCGCUGAGCCCCUCCACCCCCGGGUGAGCGCCCUCUCUAGACUGGGAGGACCCCGCCCGGCCUCCUACACCCCACCGGGCAGCGUGGGGGGCAGCACCUCCUCCAUCGGAGCCCAGAUGUUGCAGGGCUCCUUCCGCUUCUCAGAGAGGAAGAAGGAGGAAGAGGAGGAGGAGGAGGAGGAGGGAGCGUCGCAGGAGAUGCAGCCACUCAUGUCGUCUCUGAGGCCCCCCGGCUCCGUGCCGGGCCCACCACCUCCACCAGGCUCCGCCCCCGGCUCAGGGAGGAAGAGGAAACCAUGCGUCUACCUGAGGAGCCUGGUGACGUCGCCCCCCACCGGCAGCAGCGAGCCGCACAGCAGAGGCCCCACCCAGCUGUAACAACGGAUCCCAGAUCAGUAAAACAUCCGACACCUGCGGCAUAGAGCAGGAACUGUACUCCGCCAAUCAGCAACUUCAGGACACCUUCACUGCAUCACACACACACAGACGUCAGACGACGACCUACCUGCCAGGCCGUCUGACAGGAAACCAGCUCACUAUGUCUGUUCUCACCUGAGAUCCUCUCCGUCUGCAGCUUCAGGUCCUGACGAAGUCGGAUCUGAAAAUCAUCCGUCCCACCACAGCCUUCACUCCGUCCACGUGGUUAGCAGAUCUGAUCUUUGGCUGCCAGCAGCUCAGCCAGACCGUGGUUCAGAGUGAGACAUCUCCACGGGAUGUGACCGGCGUGGAGGGCUGAGUUUAAUCGUCCUAACCCUCCUGUAGUCUGAGCUCAUUUUAAAGUCACUUCACCAGCCACUGCAUAUCACCAGCUGCUGCAGGCUCUGAAAGUCUGACACAGAUUUUCAGAUUAAAGGUACAGACAGCUGGCCGGUGAUAUCUUUUAUUUUAAUUUUAUAAAUGUUACGACUUUAAUGUCAAAAAUGUCCACAGAUUCAAAGUUUCUUCCGUCGGUCUCGUGGCCAGUCGACAUACUUGCAGAUAUCAUGGCUGUUUCCUCCCCCUGCCGAUGAUAUUAAAAAAAUAAAACCGCGAGAACACACGGAGAAUCUCUGUGUGAUCCUCAUUUCCCUGAGCAUCAGAGCGGCAUUGUGUCAAUCUGCUUCCUGUCAGUCACCUGACACACACAAAAAGAAACGCUGUACUGUCACAUCCAUGACUCUGUUAGUCUCUGUCAGGUCAACAGUUCAUUUAACUUAAACUAUAAGUCUGGUGUUGUUCUAUAUUUUUCUGAUAAUCAACAAAUCUCAUACAGAAAUCUCAUGUCCAGACUCAAACCAACAGUGCAACACCGUCCCUCCUCUGUCUGUGGCUCUCAGCUCCGAGCCCAUUGGUUCCUACUGAAGACGUAAAGCUUUAAAAACUCCUCACAAAUAUUUAGUUUCAUCUUUAAAAAGCUCAGUCAUUUCCCCUAAAACAGCUACUCACUGUGGAUUUUUAUCAAACAAUCAGGAGGAAACAGUGAGUGUGUCGGGGACUAUUUUCAGCGGCGGAUGAAUCCACAGUUGGUGCUGUAGUGAGCAUUUGUGGCAGCAGG